AUGGCGACUGUUUUGGAUGUUUCAAAAGUCAUCUCAAACAUUUUAGUUCCACUUUCUUUUUCAAUUAAACCCAAACAAUUAGAAGCUGUGGUAAAUAUUUUAAAUGGAGUCGAUACCUUGUGUAUUUUUCCAACGUGUUAUGGUAAAAGUUUAAUUUACCAACUUUUACCAAGUGUGUGUUUGGAGUUAAAUAUAGCACCUUCACCACUUGUUUUAGUCGUUUCUCCUCUUAUUUCUUUAAUCCAAGAUCAAGUUUCAUCUGCAAAUUCGUUAAGUGCUUUAGGAUUAAAGGCUUCCAAACUAGAUUGCGAUGAUUAUGGGGAUAUUAUAUCUGGCAAUUUCAAUAUUUUGAUUGGCACACCUGAAUCUUGGCUUAAUAAUGCCAGGUGGAGACAGUUUCUCUCAUCUAAAUUUGUACUGGACAAUGCUGUUUGCCUUGUUGUGGAUGAAGUACACAAAGUGUCAUGGGGUGCCUCACCAAUGAGCAAUGAGUACAAGCCAUUCAGAGAAGCAUUUGGUAGAAUCAGUGAAAUGCGGUCUAUCUGUCGUCAAGAUUUACCUAUUCUUGCCCUCAGUGCCACUGUGGAUGUUGAUUUGACCCAGCUUGUUAUCGGAAGUUGCGGAUUGUCAAAAAAACUGAGAGUAAUAUCAGUAUGUAGUGACAGACAAAAUAUACGAUUGUGUGUUUUGAAUAUUUCCAGUAGGGAAAAUGUCCAAUGUCUGAAGUGGAUUGUUGACACUUUUUUAUCAGAGGUUUCUGAUACACAUAAAGUAAUAAUUUACUGUCGAUCAGUGACUUUGUGUGGUUUUGUUUACUACCACGUUCGUAAGAUGAUUGAACGAGAAACUUUGGGAAAUGGUAUGAAAUCUACCGACUUAAUUGCCUUAUUUCACUCUGGAACAUUGGAAGCCCAAAAAUCGAAUGUUUUAUCAGCCCUGACAUCAGACACAGGUACUAUUCGGUUGGUAGUUGCAACAAGUUCACUUGGUUGUGGUGUUAACAUGAAGAACGUUAAAUUUGUUGUUCAUUAUGGUCCAGCAUAUGACACCGCUGAUUAUUGCCAACAGGUUGGCCGAGCAGGACGGAACAUUGAAGGACUUUGCCAUGCAAGCCAUGAAAAGAGUUGCUUGAGGACAUCACUGUACACUCCAUUCAAUGAAGACGGAAACAGUGUAAUGCCUUUGUCACCUGGCCAUAACUGUUGUUCAUUUUGUGCAAGGAAAUGUGAGUGUGAUGAAUGUCCGUUGUUUCCCUUUGAAAUUGUAACAGAAGAAAAAGAAUCCAAAUUAUUUGGUAAAAAGAUUAUACGUGAAGUUUCAGAAGAUGAUAAACAACUUGUCAAAGAUAUGCUAGUUGAGUACCAUGAAACUAUAUGUUCCAAACCAAUGUUACUAGUGCCUGGAGAAGUGAUGACUGGGUUAUCAAAGAGUUAUACUUCCAAGGAACUUAUGCUAAUACUCAAUGAUGUGUUUCACGAUAUUGAAGUUCCAGAUGUUCACAAAGAAUGUAACGAUAGCAUGGAAAUCGUUGAUAAAACGAAUCUAGAGUGUCCUGAAUUUUCAGAUUUCUCUGAACAUGAGUCAAAUGACAGUGAACUUGACUAUUGA